AUGGCUUCGAUCGCAAAAGGUCGGCCCUCGCGACGCUCCGCGCCGCGCAGGAGCUAUGUGGUCGAAGAGACCUCUGAAUCAGAAGAUCCCGGCAAUGUAACGCCCACGGCCUCGACACACGAUGACGACGAUGAAGACGAUGAAGAUGAGAGCGAGGAAGAACAGGAUUAUACCCCCAUCCCCAAGAAGGCGAAGCGCGCGUCUGGGACGCGGCUGACUCUAGAACCCGUCACACCUGCCACCGUGAAGCCGGCGCAAAAGUCCCGACGGUCGAGAGCAUCGGUCGCACUUGCGGAAGAAGAAUCGGAUGACUCUCAGGCCGAAGACACCGAUGAGAAUGACGAGAAUGACGAGAAUGACGAGGGAGUCAGUAUCAUCUCUGUGGCGGCCGACCCGGACUCUCCUUCGCACCAGGCGGCGUUGAAGCGGAAAAGCGUGGAGCCCGCAGAGGCUGAUCCUGACUCGCCUUUGAAUAAGGCGGCGUUGAAAAGACAAAGUAUGACUCAACCCCUCAAGAGUCGUGGCUCAAUCAUGCCCAUGUCGACAAAGGGCUCACUUCCCACUCCAGAGCCGUCCGCGUCGCCAGAGUCAACUCCAGCGCGCGCACAUCGGGAAAGUGUGCCACCUCUGUCCGACAUCACUGAAUCCGCUAUCAACCACCCGUCUCCGUCGAAACAGCCCGAAGUACCCAAAUCCCAAAUUUCGAUCAUCAACCCGAACUCGACCGUCCUAGAGAAGCCAAUGGAUAUUGUUUUGAAGUCUAGGAAUAUGGCGAUACCAACAGCCCCAGAAGAACCAGCGGAAGCAAAGCCUCGCAUGAUCAUUGAGAAUUUGAUUCUGACAAACUUCAAGAGUUAUGCCGGCAAGCAGGUUGUUGGCCCGUUCCAUGCCUCUUUCUCCUCAGUGGUUGGUCCUAACGGAUCGGGCAAAUCAAACGUUAUUGAUUCUCUACUAUUCGUGUUCGGCUUCCGGGCUAGCAAGAUGCGUCAAGGCAAGAUCUCGGCCUUAAUUCAUAACUCAGCACAGUACCCCAACCUCCCUUUCUGCGAAGUGGAGGUGCACUUUGAACAAGUUCUCGACCUCCCCGACGGCGGCUACGAAGUAAUUCCAGAUUCCCAAUUGGUAAUCUCUCGACGAGCGUUCAAGAACAACAGCAGCAAGUAUUAUAUGAACAAGAAGGAAACCAACUUCACCGCGGUGACUACCUUCCUCAAGGAUCGCGGCAUCGAUCUCGAUCACAAGCGAUUCCUGAUCCUGCAGGGUGAGGUCGAAUCUAUCGCACAGAUGAAGGCCAAGGCCGCCAACGAACACGACGAGGGUCUUCUCGAAUAUCUGGAGGAUAUCAUUGGAACCUCCAAGUACAAGACCCCGAUCGACGAGGCUGCCACCGAGUUGGAAACUUUGAAUGACGUGUGUGUUGAGAAAAACAAUCGUGUUCAGCAUGUUGAAAAGGAAAAGUCUGCGUUGGUGGACAAGAAGGACAAGGCUUUGGCGUACAUCCGCGACGAAAACGAACUUGCCGAGAAGCAAUCAGCCCUCUAUCAAAUCUACAUAGAUGAGUGUGCUGAUAAUUUGCGCGUCACCGAAGAGGCCAUUCUCCAAAUGCAAGAGCUCUUGAACAUGGAGCUUGAGAAGCAUGAAGGCAAUGAGUCGGGCAUCAAGGAACUCGAAAAAGCUUAUAAGCGCGGCGUCCGAGAAUAUGAAAGCAUGGAGAAAGAGUCGCAGGGCUUGCUGAAGGAAAUGGCCAAGUACGACAAGGAAAACGUCAAGUUCGAGGAGAAGAAGAAGUUCUUGCUUGGCAAGCAGAAGAAGCUGGAGAAGACAAUGCAGACCAGCCGUCUUGCUGCUUCCGAGUGCCAAAGCCUAGUCGAGAAGUUCACCGAUGAUAUUGAGAAGAAGACCGACGAGACGACUCAGUUGGAGAAGGAGAUGAAGUCCGAGGAACAAGAGUUGGACUCCAUCCGCGAGAGCCUGAAAGGCAAGACACAGGGUCUCUCCGACCAAAUUGCAGUGAAACAGAAGUCUCUGGAGCCAUGGAACGAGAAGAUCAACCAAGUACAGUCUUCCAUGGCCGUCGCCCAGAGUGAGCUCGAUAUUCUGCAUGAGCGCAGUAAUGCCGGCGCUGUCUUGCUGGAGGAAGCCCAAGGCAAGAUUGCAACCUUUGAGAAAACCAUCCAAGCCAAAGAAAAUGACCUCGAGGAGCGGCAGGCUCAGAAGGAGACCUUGGAGGCGGAAUUGGAGAAGUUGAAAGGCGACCUGAAGAAGUACUCCGCUCGCGAGCCCGAAGUUCGUGCACACGUCUCCAGUGCUCGGCAAAAGGCCGAUGAGGCACGGGUCAGCCUGGCGAGCACACAGAACCGUGGUAAUGUCUUGACCGGUCUGAUGCGACUCAAGGAGUCUGGCCGUAUCGAAGGCUUUCACGGCCGCCUGGGUAAUCUAGGAACGAUCGAUGAAAAGUACGAUGUUGCCAUUUCCACUGCCUGUCCUGCGCUCGACAAUAUGGUGGUGGAGACAGUCGAAGUUGGCCAACAAUGUAUCGACUACCUGCGCAAGAACAACCUCGGCCGUGCGAAUUUUAUCCUUCUCGACCGCUUGCCCCGCCGUGAUAUGUCAACCAUCUACACCCCCGAGAGUGUCCCCCGUCUCUUCGACCUCGUCAAGCCUAAAGACCCCAAGUUUGCACCGGCUUUCUACAGUGUAAUCCAGAACACUCUCGUGGCUAAAGACCUCGACCAGGCGAAUCGCAUUGCCUAUGGUGCCCGGCGGUGGCGAGUGGUGACGCUGGAUGGUCAGUUGAUUGACGUUUCAGGUACUAUGAGUGGUGGUGGCACCCGUGUCGCGCGUGGUGGCAUGUCCUCGAAACAAGUUGCGGACACCACCAAGGAACAAGUGACUCGCCUGGAAUCGGACCUCGAGGAAUUGGAACGGAAGUUCCAGGUCUUCCAGGAGAAGCAACGCAACGUGGAGGCCAGCAUGCGAGAGAAGACCGAGGAUAUCCCUCGCAUCGAUACCAAGAUCCAGAAGAUUAUGAUCGAGAUCGACAGUGCCAAGCGCAGUCUCGCUGAUGCACAGCGCCGAGUCACGGAACUGCAAGCGGCGCACAAGCCCUCCAAGUCCGACGAGUCACAGGCUGCCGCCCUCGUAAAGCAAAUCGAGGCCAUGAAUAACGAGAUCGAACAGCUCAACAGCGAGAAGAGCGGUAUCGAGGAGGAGAUCCAGGAGCUGCAGAGCAAGAUCAUGGAAGUUGGCGGUGUCCGUCUCCGUGGACAAAAAGCCAAGGUCGAUGGCCUGAAGGAGCAGAUCAGCAUGCUGAGCGAGGAAAUCUCCAACGCGGAGGUCCAAAAGUCCAAGAACGAGAAACUGAUCACCAAGCAUUCCAAGGCUCGUGACACUUCCGAAAAGGAAAUCGGCCAAAUUACGGAGGAGCUAGAGAAGCUGGAGGAGGAUGUUGAGAACCAGGCCAACGAUGCUUCUGGCUGGAGGCAAAAGGCCGAUGAAGCCCAGGAAGCUCUAGAGACCAAGAAGGAUGAGCUUAAGGCUCUCAAGGCAGAGCUUGACGAGAAGGUGGCCGAACUCAAUGAGACGCGUGCCACCGAGAUCGAAAUGCGCAAUAAGUUGGAAGAGAACCAGAAAGCCCUUGGCGAGAACCAAAAACGCAGCCGCUACUGGGAGGAGAAGCUUUCGAGGCUUUCCGUGCAGAAUGUCAGCGAUCUAGGCGAGGAGCAGGAGUCUACUGAGCUCCAAACGUUCACCAAGGACGAGCUGGAUGCGAUGAACAAGGAGUCACUCAAAGCGGUUAUCGCUGCGUUGGAGGAGAAGGUCCAGAACGCCUCUGUUGAUCUCUCAGUCAUUGAAGAGUAUCGCCGCCGUGCUGCAGAGCACGAGUCCCGGUCUGCGGACUUGGCUGAAGCUCUCUCAUCCCGCGAUGGCGCUAAGGCCCGCCUCGACGGUCUGCGCUCGGCUCGUUUGAACGGCUUCAUGGAAGGGUUUGGCAUCAUCUCUCUCCGCCUGAAGGAGAUGUAUCAAAUGAUCACCAUGGGUGGUAACGCUGAGCUGGAGCUCGUCGACUCACUGGAUCCCUUCUCCGAAGGAAUUCUGUUCUCGGUCAUGCCCCCAAAGAAGAGUUGGAAAAAUAUUGGCAACCUGUCUGGUGGUGAGAAGACACUGUCCAGUUUGGCCCUGGUGUUUGCUCUGCAUCACUACAAGCCAACUCCACUCUAUGUCAUGGACGAGAUUGAUGCUGCUCUGGACUUCCGAAAUGUCUCGAUUGUUGCCUCCUACAUCAAGGAACGCACAAAGAAUGCGCAGUUUAUUGUUAUUUCUUUGAGAAAUAACAUGUUCGAACUUGCGUCUCGUCUUGUUGGUGUUUAUAAGGUCAACCACAUGACCAAGAGCGUGACAAUCGAAAACAGAGACUAUAUCGAGGGCCGGCAAUGA